GGGUAACUGGAGAGUAUCAAGACUGGGUGCUACCAAGCGCCUCACAGCAGCCCCCAGCCGACACCAACAUCCCAACCCUGGGCGACCCGCGGCUGCGCAGGCGCGGAUGCAUGUUUAGGGAGCUGCGCUAGUCAGUGCGCAUGCGCCGUCGCUAGGCAACAGGGCACCGCUCCGGGCGCCGGCGUAGAAUCUGAGCUGCAGGAAGGAGGAGAAGAAAUAUGGUCAGAAGAUGAGGAAUGAAGUGGUCCAUAAAGUGAGGUCACCUAUUUGCUGUGUGAUCUUUGGCCAGUCUCGCCCUGGGCCUCCGUGACCCACACCCGUUGCACAAAGGUGAGACUUGCCUUUGAGGGACGGUUGAGAGGGAAACAGAAGAUCCAGGCAGCAAAGUCAUUCAGAAAGAGAAACACAGUGAAGUACUGACAGUAGAAACGAUAUGACGUCUGAGUUCAACUCCAGCAAAACAGGUCUCUGAGGAUCCCCGGGGGGAAACUCCUCCCGGGAGUAAAACCACACAACCACUGAGAAGACCCCUCCGGCAUCCUAGACAGGACGCGUGUGAGCCUGGGUGCAAGGCCAAAGUAGUGACGCACUUCCGUUCACGCACCGCUGUUUUUCCUGAGCCUUUGCCUGCUAAGAGGGAGACCAGGUCAUGGCAGCCAUGCCUCUGAAAGCUCGAUACCAGGAGAUGGUGACCUUCGAGGAUGUGGCUGUGCACUUCACCAAGACAGAAUGGACUGGCCUUUCUCCUGCCCAGAGGGCCCUGUACAGAAGUGUGAUGUUGGAGAAUUUUGGGAACCUGACUGCUUUGGGGUACCCAGUUCCCAAACCUGCACUGAUCUCACUUUUGGAGGGAGGGGACAUGGCUUGGGGCCUGGAAGCACAGGAUGAUCCCCCAGCAGAGAGGACCAAAAACGUCUGUAAAGAUGUUGAGACCAACAUUGACAGUGAGUCCACAUUAAUCCAGGGAAUUUCUGAAGAAAGAGAUGGGAUGAUGUCACAUGGUCAGCUGAAGAGUGUCCCUCAGAGAACUGACUUCCCAGAAACACGUAAUGUGGAAAAGCACCAGGACAUCCCCACAGUGAAAAAUAUCCGAGGAAAGGUUCCAAGAAUCCCCUGUGCAAGGAAACCUUUCAUAUGUGAGGAGUGUGGGAAAUCCUUCAGCUACUUUUCUUACUAUGCUAGACACCAGAGAAUCCACACUGGGGAGAAACCCUUUGAGUGUAGUGAGUGUGGAAAAGCCUUUAAUGGUAAUUCUUCGUUAAUUCGGCACCAGAGGAUUCACACUGGAGAGAGACCCUAUCAGUGUGAGGAGUGUGGGCGAGCCUUUAAUGAUAAUGCAAAUCUGAUCAGGCAUCAGAGAAUCCACAGUGGGGACAGACCCUAUUACUGUACAGAGUGUGGGAAUAGUUUCACCAGUAGUUCCGAGUUUGUUAUACAUCAGAGAAUCCACACUGGGGAGAAACCCUAUGAGUGUAAUGAGUGUGGCAAAGCUUUUGUUGGUAAUUCACCCCUACUUCGGCAUCAGAAAAUCCACACUGGAGAGAAACCCUAUGAGUGUAAUGAGUGUGGCAAAAGCUUUGGAAGGACUUCCCAUCUAAGCCAACAUCAGCGUAUUCACACAGGGGAAAAGCCUUAUUCUUGUAAAGUAUGUGGACAAGCCUUCAAUUUUCAUACAAAACUAACUCGGCACCAGAGAAUUCACAGUGAGGAGAAACCCUUUGACUGUGCAGAUUGUGGAAAAGCCUUCAGUGCUCAGGAACAAUUAAAAAGGCAUCUGAGAAUUCAUACUCAGGAGUCUUCCUAUGUAUGUGAUGAGUGUGGAAAAGCCUUCACUAGCAAAAGAAAUCUUCAUCAGCAUCAAAGAAUCCAUACUGGAGAGAAACCCUAUGAGUGUAGCAAGUAUGAGAAGGCCUUUGGGACUUCUUCCCAGCUAGGUCACCUUGAGCAUGUCCACUCUGGAGAGAAGCCUGUGCUGGACAUUUGUCGUUUUGGCCUCCCGGAAUUUUUUACCCCCUUUUACUGGUAAUAGUACACUCCAGUGAAAUGUACUGAGUGGAUUCCAUCUUCUACUCAGGAAUGGAAUGUGUGACACAGGCCUGACUCAGCCUCUGACCCAUCCCUCAAGCCACAGUUAAUGAUUCAGAUGUCAGUAGAUGACCAAAGAUGGUCCAAUUAGAGUCCCAGGACUGCAAGAGCUAAUAGGAACAAAUACUCUCCCACCGCCCACCCCCAUUGGUUUUAAUGCUGAGAAGAAGAACUAGACUCUUACAGAGGUGAGAAUGAAGUCCACACAGCAAAAAAUGCAUCUGAGAAUUGGAGAGCAGUAAAAGACUGAAGAUAAUGUUUGAACAGCCACAUACACCAUGCCUGAAGCUAAAAAUAUAUACGGGUUUUUGAAUUGCAGCAGCCAAUAAAUUCCAUUUUUGUUUGGUUGGCUUUGGCUUUGGCACACUUGAGUUAGGUUUUCUUGCCUUGGAAUAGAAUUUUGACUUAAACAGUGUUGUCAGUGUAGCAGUUGUUUGAAGUUUUCAGGGAUAACAUACCCGAUGGAGAAAUGUUUUGUGUGUAUGAUAUAUGGGAAAGUCUUUAGUUAUAGUCAUGGCAGCUCCUAAACCCCAUGAUUGUGAUGAGAUUGGGAAGCCCAUUGUAACACUGGAGAGCCCAGGUUAUAUCGGACACCACCAGUAGAUAGAAGUUCUAACAACUUGAGCUCUGUAACAAAAAUCUCAUUGUACUGCAAAAUUAUGUCUGCAUCAGUGAAUCCAUUCUCAAGAAAAGUCUUAACUAGGAAACUAAAAGCUUUCACUCUUAAA